GCCAAGACUUCCGGGGUCAAACAAUAUGGCGAACCACCGUUAGCUUCUCCAGUUUCUGCCCACGGAAAGCUGUAGAAGUCCGCGAGUGCAAAUAAUGGCUUCAUUUGGCUGGAAGAGGAAAGCUGGUGAGAAGGUCUUGAAGUCGGUGGUGCAGCAGUUUGAGGCCGCGGCGGAGAAGCCCGAGGACGGCGGGCCGCGUGCGGGGGACGAGGUGGACUGGCAGCACGCCAUCAAGCGGCGGCGAGAGCUCCUUCUGGAGGACUGUGCAGCCAAGAGCCAGAGGCUGAAGGACGAGGGCGCAGUGCUGGCGGAGCACGGCAGGCACUGGGAGGCCAUUAAGAAACUGGACGAGGCCAUCCAGCUGACUCCAGACAACCCACUCCUCUAUGAGAUGAAGUCUCAGGUACUGACCAUUUUACAGGAAGUGUUUCCCGCGGUGAAGGCGGCAGAGAUGGCGGUGAAGUUCCGCCCCCUUUGGUGGGAGGGCUGGCAGACUCUGGGCCGGGCCCAGCUCAACCUGGGAGAGGUGGACCUGGCCGUGAGGUCCUUCCAGGUAGCGAUCCACCUGUGCCCGUCGGAGGGCGCCCUGUGGCAGGAGGACCUGCAGUGGGCGUGGAGGUUACAGAAGCAGCACUUGGCCUCCAAGGAGAAGACUCGGCAAGAGGAGGCCGCCAAGGAGCAGAUCCUCAACGCCCCCGAGCUCCAGCGGGACUACGACUUCGAGUCCGACGAGGUGCUCGCCGCCUGCGUGGCGGUGGCGGAGCGGCAGGCGCGCUACGAGGAGCUGAAGAGGACCGCCGUGGUCAUGGACGCCGAGGGGAACGUCAGGAACGUGCUCGCCGGGGACGACGGGUCAGAGGAGGAACAGUUUGUCAAAGCAAGAGGACUUUGAAGCGUAACCUUCAAGCCAACGUGAAGGUUAAAAUGUAAAAGACAGUCGAGUUGUGCUGCUUUACGUUUUCCGUCCCCCUUUAAUGGUGACCGUGUGUAAAGUGCACGUAAAGUUUUUACAUGUUUUGAAGCUUCAAACUUUAGCGUCCCCUAGUUCUGUGUUUCACCUCAUGGCGUCUAGCUGUCAGCUGACGGACGUUAGGAUCUACUUUCUGCAACAAGGUCCGUUUGCUUCUUCAGCUGUGUGUGUGUGUGUGUGUGUGUGUGUGUGUGUGUGUUGCAGAGACGAACCACAAGAUUAAACUUAAUUUCAAAGCUGAUCUUUCUGUUGUAAAACGUGCACAAAAAGUGUUAAAACUGAUUUAUUGUGUGAAUGGAUUUGAUGCAGUUUCGAUCUUCUGAUUUAAAUCAAAUGUGGAAAAAUGAACCUCUGGUGAAAACAAACGUAUUAAGUGUGUUUUUUGUUUUGUUGGUUCAGCUUCAAAAUACAGAAACCAAAGUUACUUCAUCAGCAUUUCAGUGGAAAACAAGAUCAAAGUCACACUUUUGGAAUCCCGGAGGUCGUAAUAAACAAAGUGAACGUA